CACAACUUCACCUAUACUCAAUUAAUUGUGCCACUUUACCCUUUUUUGCCGGUUUGCAGGUCAAAAUGACCGGUUCUCAACUCAUGUGCGUUGCACAUGAUAAAUCCAAGGCUAUUGACGUCUUUUCCAUUUUAAAAUGGAAUAAAUGUUAAUUUUAAUUUAUUUAUUUUAUUUUAUUUUUGUUUUUUGAAAUGGAAUUUUCUUAAAUAGAAUAAUUAAAAAAAUAAAAAGAAAAAGUAAAACGUCAUCUUGUACCCAGCAACUCAGCCUGGAUUUUGAACCCAUGGCCCGAAAACUCCGAACAAACCACCACCGACAUAAACACUUUCUCGCUUCUGCAAUUUCAAGGAUUACCACUGCCGUCGCACCAAUCUCACCACCCACCGCCCACCUCCGCACACCCGAUCUCACGGCCGAGCGCCGCACACCUUCGUCGCGGCAUGGGGCGGCCUCAAUUGUGAGAAUCUCAUGUAAUCCUCCAUUCGUUGGAAGAAGAUCUAGUCGAUUCGGAGGAAGAAAUCGAGAGAAAAUAGUGUUCAUAUAACCUCAAUCGGGGAAAGGGGGAAAUUAAAUGAACAUUUUAGACCUAAUUUUAGGUCCAAUUUCAGUCAAGAUGGCGGCGGAUCUGAAGAAGAUGUGGUGGUGGACGUCAAUGGCGGACGGCUACCACUCUGAAGAACAAAAGUAAGAGGAAACCCUUGCCCAAAAUCCACUCUGACAAUACCAGAAGAUCGUCAAUGGCGGAUGGCUAUAGGAAGCCGGCGAUGAGCCUCAAUCAGCUUCACAGCCGAUAUCUCGUCGACCUCUCUGCUUCUCAACCUAAUAAACCCAAACCAAAACCAGUCGAUGAUGUAAUCCAAUCAACGGUAAAGCCCAAUGAGAGAUUUGACGAUGUUCCCCGAUUUGACUUCGGUACUCCUUCUCCGCCUGUUCAAGUGAAUGAUGAAGAGCCUGUGUCAAAGAUGAAGGAAUCAUCUCCGUGCUUGUAUGGUGGCUUUUCCGACUUUGAUUCCCCUUCUUCCGUUCUUGGACAUGUUUGCUGCUGGAAUCGACACAACAUACACAUUCAUAGAGUGGACGUUAUCCGAGCUCAUAAGGCACCAUGGCAAAACUGAAGCACGAACUGAAAAACAUAGCGGGACCCACUUCAACCAUAACCGAAGACAAUUUACACAAAUGCCAGGUGGCGAGAGCGGAGAAGAUUUGGAUAUGUGUGAAGCUGAUGGACUUACUAUUCAUAGAAAAUUCCCUCUUAAGGUUACUGCUAGUUGUGAAUCUCUACCUUAAAUCUGCUAUGUUGAUGAAAUGUAUAAUGUAUUUUAACAUCUGAUACAAUUUUUUAUUAAUAAUUCAAUUUUCUGGAUUAUUCUACAAACUCCGUAUUUCGCUGUU